CCCAUGUUAAUAAUCAAAGUACUAACUCCUUAUAUAAUUGUUCAAGCCCCUUCUUAACGCCAUCUUCAUCACGCUAUUUAUCGGCCUUGACGCUUCCAUUAUUCUUCUCUAUUGAUUCAUGGACAACAGCUCAUCAAAAAUGACUGAGAUCGAAGAAGUGGUUAUGGAUUUUAGCCAUGAGUAUGGUGAUGAUGUAGGAUCAACAAGAAAGUUUUUGGAUAUUGUUGGAGAUCUCUUGCUUGAACAUAGAACAGAGGUUCCUCAGAUGUGGGAUUUGGCGCGAGAGCAUAGCUGGGUAGAUGCUCUGAAAGAGGUCCGUCCCUCUGGGCUAACUACGUGUCCUCACACACAAGGCCGCCCUCAAAGCAUAACCGUGAGCACUGGUCAUGAUUGCUGGCCAGAUGCGGCACGGCCAAGGGAAUCUUUGGCGACUAAUCGCUCUUGGGAGUCACGCUCUUCCCUGAUUGAUAUUCCAUCUCAGUAUUCUCAAAAAACUUCGAAUCAAGAAAAUGAUGAGACAGACAGCCUUUGCCAAUUGAAUGUCAAAAGCCACUUCACCUGCAAUUCGGAGCCUGUCGCUCAUACAAAUCAACAAGACAAUGAUACAACAACCACUACAAGUCAAUCAAAAUCAGCAAUCUCUGAAUAUGAAGUUCGAUCCUCAGUCAAAGACUCGCCUCAGUCUCCAGCCUCAAGCCAUUGCACCAAGUGUUUAUCGAACAACCCGACCGAUUUCCCUUUCGUCUCAGAUGUCGGUCCUCUAGCAAUUGCCAUGGUCCUCGAGGCACUCCAUAGCCAUAAAGAACUUGCCAUCGACGUAAUGGCUCCGGCAUGCACAUCGGAGCGACCUAAAUAUCUAAGAAACGGGCUUUCGUUCCGGGUUACGCAAGUCCCCUGGCAGCAGGUUCGGAUUGAUACCGGCGGAAGGACUGUGAGCGAUGCGGUGUACAAAAGACUGAAUCACAAUGCUCCCCGGCAUGCGUGGCUGGACUUCAUGAAGGACCUUGUCGUCACUCAUCAUAUGACCUAUCACGUCUCUGAAGAACACAAGAGAAAUGUUGUCAAGCUUCUCGGCCUCGGAUGGGAAACGGUUAUCGACGACGCCCGACAAGAGCCAACCCUCGCUCCCGUCAUCGCCCUCGAGCACGCACCGUACGGAACACUAGAGGAUCUCUUCUAUUCCUCGGAAUUCCUUUCCUCGUAUGAGCAAAAGUUGACUCUUCUGACUGACGUUUGCGAGGGUUUAAGAGCCUUGCAUGCUUCUAAUGUGAUACACGGAGACGUUAAGCCGCAGAAUAUCCUGGUCUUCGGAGAUACCACCCACAGGAUCAUAGCUAAGCUCUGCGACUUCGGCUUGUCAAUUAUUGACCCGGACUGCGGGCCAGACUUCCAAUGUCUUCCUGGAGGGACGGAUAUUUAUCUGGCCCCGGAAGCGUCGAGACCAAUUGCGAAGGGUCAUUUAAAGUUUACGGAUGUAUAUUCGUUUGGAAUUGUGGCAUGGCAAACGUUGCUUGGUGGCGCUAUGCCGUUCUUCAGUCCACGGUUUGCAGACGGACAGACUCUUGAUGGGUUUGAAAUCCAACAGCUGAAGACUGGUAGACACCAUGACAUAGCCGCGGUGUACGACAUAUCAACCAGCUUAGACGAGUUUUCCCGCCUUAACAACGGUACCGAAAUGUCUAUGGAAAACUACGACCCGCCGAGGGACUCAGUCAACGCUCUCCUGAUCGCGAUGGCUGCCGACUCCCUGAGUCAGAUGCAUGGGACGCACAACCCCCUAUGGGGGUCGCGCGAAAUUUCUGGCUCAGAAAUUGCCACCAUUCUGUCACUACUCCAAAUUUGUCUGAGUAGUUGUCCUAUGCACCGUCACUUAGGUAGUAUCGCGAUCCUGCUGGGGAAACGAUACGAACAAGGUCGCAUCAUGAUCUCCGAAAUAAAGUGGGAUUAUAAAGUCAAACAGGCAUGUUUUAUGCAAUUAGUGCUUUACUCACCGUCAACACUUCGAUCGGCUAACUUUAAAAGGCUCUGAGUACUAGUCUUGAAUUCCAUACUGCAUGUCCUCGAGAAAGAGAACUGUACUCUUCCAUUUUUGAACGGUUCUUUGUCACCCUUCACCACAGCCCUUCCUUCCAGGGCUUGAGUGUUCUUAGUCACUGGGACACUGUUCUUGCUCAACACCUAGGGUC